AUGACUCUAUUCAAGCGGUUUAUCUCCAUUCAUGACUUCAUGCUAUUCACAUUGAUCACCUCGUCACCCCAUGCCUGUCAUGUUUUUCUGCCGGCAAUGGCGGGCGAUGACGAAGGCGGACUGAAAUUGACCUAUCGCACAAUACAAUGCGUGACUAAUGUAACAUCUCCCAUUGAAGCAAGUCCCGCCAAUUGA